CAAGAUGUCGUCGCUGGAACAGAGGCUGUCGCGAAUCGAGGAGAAACUAAAGCAGGAAAAUGAAGAAGCUCGCCGGAGAAUCGACCUCAACAUCGACAUGAGUCCGCAGCGAUCACGUCCGAGGCCGAUCAUCGUGAUCCAGCUCAGUCCUGCUCCAGCCCCUUCCCAGCGUGCAGCGCUCCAGCUGCCACUGGCCAACGAUGGAGGCAGCCGUUCGUCGUCUUCAGAGAGCUCACCUCAGCACCACCCCUACCCCAGCCGCCCGCGACACAUGCUCACCCUGCCCACACCUCCAUACGGCCUACAGAAGAGCCUAGAGAAUGCAGAGAUUGACCAGAAAUUACAGGAGAUCAUGAAACAGACGGGCUAUCUGAAGAUCGACGGUCAGCGGUAUCCAGCGGAGGUGACAGACCUGAUCAGUGAGGGGGAGAUCGGCAGCGGGACCUGUGGACAGGUCUUCAAAGUACGAUUCAAGAAGACGGGCCAUGUCAUCGCUGUCAAACAAAUGCGUCGUACAGGAAACAAGGAUGAGAACAAGAGGAUUCUGAUGGACCUGGACGUGGUGCUGAAAAGUCACGACUGUCCUUACAUCAUCCAGUGCUAUGGCGCCAUAGUUACCAACACGGAUGUAUUCAUCGCCAUGGAGCUGAUGGGAACGUGUGCGGAGAAGCUGAAGAAGAGAAUCCAGGGCCCCAUCCCAGAGCGAAUCCUUGGGAAGAUGACAGUGGCAAUAGUGAAAGCGUUGCUGUACCUAAAAGAGAAACACGGUGUCAUCCACCGAGACGUCAAACCCUCCAACAUCCUCCUGGACGCUAAAGGUCAGAUCAAACUGUGUGAUUUCGGCAUCAGUGGACGCCUGGUGGACUCCAAGGCCAAGACCCGCAGCGCUGGCUGUGCUGCCUACAUGGCACCUGAGAGAAUAGACCCUCCGGAUCCCACCAAACCAGACUAUGACAUCCGAGCAGACGUGUGGAGCCUUGGCAUUUCUCUGGUGGAGCUGGCCACGGGACAGUUUCCCUACAAGAACUGCAAGACAGACUUUGAGGUUCUGACCAAAGUGCUGCAGGAAGAUCCUCCUCUGUUGCCUCUCAGCAUGGGUUUCUCCCUCGACUUCCAGUCCUUCGUCAAAGACUGCCUCACAAAGGAUCACAGAAAAAGGCCAAAAUACCACCAGCUGCUGGAGCAUAGUUUCAUCCGGCGUUACGAGGUGCUGGAAGUGGACGUGGCCGGUUGGUUUCAGACGGUGAUGGAUCGCACCGAGUCGCCUCGCAGCAGCCAGUGUUACAGCCAUCAGCACCAGCUCCACUCGCUCUUCAGGCCACAGCCAAAGCCGGCUAGAUGUGCAGACUCAAACCUCCCACGCCCCGUCACGCACCAAACCAAAUCACUGCUAGACACAGAUCUGUGGAGUGGCGUCGAUCGAGACGGGAAACUGUGAAGUGUCAGAGAGUGAGAGCGAGAGAUCCAGGAACGUUGACAAGAUGGCAGAAAAGACGAGUGGAGAUGAAAAGACAGGGAAAGGAAACGGAGAGGAAAGAGUGAGGCGAGAAGGAAGACAGGGAGCGUUAAGAAAGUAGGAUGGGAAGUUCAAGAAAUGUCAGAGACAAACUGGAGUUUGGGGGACAGGAAAGUGAGAGUGUGGAAAAAGGAGCGAGGAAACGGGAGGAAAGCAUCAGGCCAUGUUUCACCGGACUGCCGAGCUCUGAAGCUAGCUGGUUACUGUAAAAAGCUUUCAUGGUGUUACACCAACCUACCAACUGAUUUUAGCGAGUGAUUUAGCGUGUUGUUGUUGUUGUUUACGAUGUUGAUGUUCUGUUCGAACUGUGUUAUUUAUUACAUUGCUACUGCUGCUACUUUUUAUUAUUGCUUUAGACGCUGCUGUCACUUCUUUUUUCCCCAAAGGACAAAUACUUUACUCUUUUUUCUUUUAAGCCAAAUAAAUGAAGUAAUGCAAUGUCUACACGUGUUACCAAAUACUGAAGAGCAAGUGUGAAGAGGGCAAAAGCAAGUGAGAGGUGGAAAGAUGGAUUAGACGAGAAAGUGCAGGGAGGUUGGGCUUCACAAAAAGUACUAACACACAAAAUAUAAACACACACCUCACCUCAAAUGUAGCUCUGUGUGUAAUGGAAGUAGUUAAGCAUUUAUAUCCCAUCGCCACACUACAACCCUGUACAGUGUAGAUAUGAUUAGAGGGGGUGUCUGUCUGUCCAGAUUGCUUUGUGUCAUAUCCAUCCUUUACUCUGUCCAUCCAUCCCUCCGUCUGUCCACAGGUCGCCUGCAAGCUUGACAACCUUGACAGUUCACACCAAAGGUGUCCACGACUCAACAUAAAUACGAGAGCGUUGUUGUUAUUGUUAUGACUAUUGUUAUUGACAUUAUAAUUGAUUACUCUCGGCUAUGAUAUAUAUGAAAUCGCUCUAUAGCUAGUGGGAGAGGGUGUGGGGGGAGAGGGGUGGGGGGGGGGGGGGCGCUGUAGUAUAGCAGUGCCGUGUGUGUCAUAUUACUGUACAGGGGGAGACUGGUGCACUAACACACGACAAGGGCCAAGCAAUAAAACCAGCUGGCUCAUCUUUCUGCUCAGUGGAUCAAACUCGCCACGGGCCUGUGUCAAGAAGCAAGUUCAGCUCAGUCUGGCUCUCUUUGGGCUGCCUGCAGCUUCUCCGAGCCUCUGAGCUCAAUCCAUCCUGGAAAACCAGUAUCACACAGUUGGGUAAUAACUGGCUCCGUUAACUCUGGAUUUACUGUCCCCGCUAAAUCAGAAAGAGGAUGGUGCUUAAUUAGAAAUAAACUUCCAGUCCUAGUCCUGUCACAUAAACAGACCUUUAUGUAUAAAAGAUGCAGUGCCCCGUUAAAAACAGUUGUGGGUUAAGAGUGUUAAGGUUAUCUACACUGUCAGGUUGUUGGUUUGUAGCUGUAAUGGCCAUUUAUUAGUGUGUGUUGUGUAACCUCUUGCGUCCCAUUGUAAACCCAGUUAGACACUUCUUUCUCGGACAUAAUUAUCAUGUAAAUCAAAGUAACUCUUAAUUUUUUUUUUUUUUACUUUUUAUUACUUAUUUUAGUCAGAAUGAUGGCUUCAUGACACAGGCCCGUGAGCAGAUGUGACGGAGAGUUGGCACAACUCAGUUAGCUCUGUCGGGUUUUAAUCUCGAGACCAGGAUGUGACCUGGACCUGAUUUAAAGCCACGGUUUACCUGCAGCCAUGAACGGGGUGGUCCUCCUCUUGUAAACUCUCCAAAUAACAGGAUUCAGGGCUGAUCACGAUCCGACUGAUCAGCCUCCUUGCUCAAACUGUUGUAUAUAAACCUGGAUCUGGUGCUUAGCAUCCGUCAGCUGUACUGCGCUGCCAGCACAGGCUGAGGUGUGUCAUUUGGUGCAGUUUCAAUUAUAAUCACUUCAGCAGACGGUGCGAUCCACUCUCACUACAAUGUUCACUGUUCAAACUCUGUUUCUGUGUCUCGGCUAACUCGUGUCCAAACACAAAGCUGGACCCAGUCUCCCACUGUCGAUGUUCUCUGUUAUAAAGCUGAUGUUGUAUUUUACAAACACACGCAACACACUCGCUCGCUCGACCGUGCUGUUAGCAUUUCCAUCCAAAUACCUGACUGGGUUACGGUGCCAUGCUACACCUCUGUGAAACCAAUCAGUCAGGUCAGGCCAGGUGUCUGACUGUGUGUGUGUGUGUGUGUGUGUGUGUGUGUGUGUGUGUGUGUGUGUGUGUGUGUGUGUGUGUGUGUGUGUGUGUGUGAGAGAGAGAGAGAGAGAGAGAGAGAGAGAGAGAGAGGAAACAGAAUGUCUGAUUACUGAUCUACACACACACACACACACACACACACACACACACACACACACGCCCCAAAUGUAUAGUUAUCCCAUUCUGCACAGCAAUGCUGGCUACUGCCAAUAGUGGCUUUAUGUGUAUAUUAGCUUGCGGGGUGUGAGGCCAGCGGUGUAUAAAAACAGCUGGUUCAUAGCGUGUACCUGCGCUGUGCCUUGGCACCUAGUGAGAGCGUAUGUGUGUGUGUGAGCGCGAGCGUGUACGCGUGUGUGUGUGUCGUCACCCCAUCUGUAAGUAAACCAAAUAUCAUUUUCACUAUGCAGUCAUUCAAACUAUGUCAGCUUGCUUCGAUGGGAAAAAAAAGCCUCCUGUACAUACACAGAUUUACGGAUAAACUGGAGUUAGCGACAGUGUGUUUUUCUUUUCGAGCCCCCACCUCCACCACCUCCACCACCUCCACCACCCAGCCACAGCUGGUUCACAGAGAAAAGACAGGGCAAGAGAUACGUUUUGAAUGAGCUGACAAAUAUUUAAGGAUUGUAUUGGGGUUGGGGAGGGAUGCGGGUUAGACUGGGGUUUGUAGUGUGGGGGAGAUACAGAUCAAUGCUGUAAAGUAUAUCAAUUGCAUGUUAUUGUCACCGCUGUAACUGCCAUUGUUUUGUUUUUGUUAUUUAUUUUUUUUUUUUUCUUCCAAGACAACGGUCGGUUGGGGCGGGGAUGCACAAAACUUUAUCCUUAUUUAUGAUUUUUACACAUAUAGUCUGUAUUUUUGUUUUUGCGAAAAUGUUGAAUUUAUGGUGUUCUUAGGAAAAGACACACUUUUUUGCCUUUUUUUUUUUUUUUUUUUUUAAAGUUCUCUGUCAACUUUGCAAUACAUGUUUUCACUUUGGACCCGUAACUAGUUGUGUAGGAGGAGAAGCUGUAUCUUUAUUAGCAGACAGUGUUUGUUAGAAAAAUGUCCUGUUUCUCCUCAUUCAUGUGCCGUGUGUCUUUCUUUUCAGUAAGCUGAGUGAACGAGCGGAGAGUGUGCGUUUUGUUUAUUCGUCUACCAAAAGUCUUUAUUGAUGGUGAUUAUUAUUAUUAUUAUUAUUAGCUUUUAUUUUUGUCCAUUGUUUUUUUUAUUAUGAUUACUAUGAUUACUGUUUUUAUUAUUAUUAUUAUUAUUAUUUUUGUUGUUGUUGUUAUUAUUAUUCAGGGCAAAGAUGACACCAAAUUGAACAAAGAAAUAAAUGGGUGAUCCAAGACAGUCAGUGCUGAGAGCGUCUUUCUGAAGGUUUCUUUUACUGGCGAGGUGGAGCAAUCGUUUUUCUCACCGUUACGCUGUAGUGUCUGUCCACCUUAUUUAAACCGCCACAUAAAGAUAACCUCUGAACUGAAAGUCUAAUAGUAUUUUUUUUAUCAUUAUAAUUAUUAUUAUAUGUUUUUCUUUGAUCAGAUAUCAUGAUCGAUUUAUUUCUUGUUACCCCAGUCUGGGUCAUAAAUGUGUGCUGUUAUUUUAUUCUUUUUUUCCCCCCUUCUCUUCAUCCCUUCCCACUGCUUUUGGAUUUUAUUUUUUAUUCUAUUUUAUUUUACGAUCAUUUUUUAUUCUAUCUGGUGUGUCUGAUGCUGUAGUUUUGAGCUGAUUGGUCUAAUACCAGAGCUUUGUUUUGUUUUGUUUUGUUUUUUUUCCCUAAUGCUGAGACUGUCGUGACUGAUGUUGCACUUGUGAUGGGUUUUAUUUUGUUUUUAUUUCGUUUUGUGUUGCAGAUUUGGGAUUGUUGUGCAGAGAAGAGAAUAUUGGGUGUUUUCCUUAUUUUCUCUACAAGUCACAGCAGUUAUUUUAUCAAUCAUAUAGAUCUGUGACACAGAGCAAGAAAAUGAUUCAACAGUGUAUUUUUUUCACUGAUAUUUAUUUAUUGGUCAUUUGUAUGUUUUUUUUUUUUUUUUUGAUUAUUAUUUUUUUAAUGUGUAUUGCUUUUAUUGUGGAGGGCAAACAGGACUCGAGGUAGAGGAGUAGUUUCUCAUUGGCAUUUUAUCAUUGUGUACAGAAAGCAAAAUGUUGUAAUCAAUCAUCACACUAACAUACAGAUACAGUCUAUAAAGUAACUGGUUAACAGGCUCAAAUAGAAACCUACAGCACAGGAAGGUGCACUGUUUCCAUUGUUACCCUCUCAGACAGCCCAACAAAAACAAACUGUUCAUGGUUUGAAACCACAGCAUGGUGUAUUUGAACUCUAGUGCUCUGCUAAUAACUCACAGUAAAAGCUUGUAUUGUUUGAAACUUGGAUGGUUUUUAAUCAUUACGUACUGAAUGUCGGCUACAAAGCAAACUAGAUUAUUUUUUGUUUUGUUUUUUUAAGUUUUAGGUAUUUGAGCUGAUGGUAACUACUAUGAUAGUGGACUGAUUGGCUUAUUAUUAACCUGCACUCCCUGUUAGCGAGGUGGGACACGCCUGCUUUGAAGUAUCACUGAGGUUUGUUGCUUGGUUUUUCUAAAUGCAGUUCUCGGUCUAGAUUGCAUGAGUUUGCUAGUUUGCAGGAUGGGGGAGGAUUAACUUCAGUCGCCGCUGUUGCAGUUCAAAGGCUUCUUUGUAUGUACGACACCACAGAUAUAUUGUCUUGACAGUUGUAUCAAUUGACACAGCUUUACUGCCUGUUUCUUUUUUGUUUGUUUGUUUGUUUUGUUUUGUUUUUGGCUGUAUUUUAUUUCCCCCUCUGAGUCUCAUUUCAAACAGAAUAAAUGCCAUUAUAUUGUGAAUACCUCAGGAUUUUUUUGGAGAAAAAAAAAUAAUAAAACACUUAAAAAUCAAAUAAAUAAAUAAAUA